CAUCCGUUCUUCUCUGUAGACAAGUUCCCUGCCUCACCGUGAAGAACGCCCGCCAUGUCAUUACAACGCGUUUCGUCCAUCGAGACCUUCACCACCGUCUCUACGGUGCCUCGGUCAAGAAGGGCCUCAGAUGCGGCGACUCGUGCUCGCAAACUGACGUUCAACCCUCUUCCGUCGUCAUGGGAUCCUCCAGCAGUCGUCCAGCCCCAGGCUCUUGGGGCAUUCCAUGUGCCUGGAUGGAAGAGACUACUCCAAGUCGCAGCAGCGGUCGUCGUCUGCUUCUUCGCAGCCGGUAUCGUCUUUGGGUAUGCGGCACUUAAGCCCGUGUUGAAGUCAGAGGGAGCCUACAGGCAUUUAUGUUCCGUUUCGGACGAGUUAUUUGACGAUGAGGAUAUGUGUGUUGAGUUUCAUCUCAACUUGAUGUUCACUACGGCUGCCGUAGCUACCAAUGUCGUCGCCCUGCCGGUUGGGACGAUACUUGAUCACUACGGGCCGCGGGUCUGCGGCCUGCUCGGCAGCUUCUUCCUCGCGGCGGGCGCGCUGUUGAUGGCCUUCGAGGAGCGUUUGCCGUUCGACGGCUUGCUGUUCGGCUAUCUCUUUCUGGCUCUGGGCGGUCCCUUCACUUACAUCCCCUCCUUCCAGCUGUCCAAUGCUUUCCCCCGCCACUCGGGCUCCAUCCUCGCCCUUUUGACGGGUGCCUUCGAUGCCUCGAGUGCUCUGUUCCUCAUCUACCGCCUCAUCUAUCAAGCGACAGAAGGCGCGUUCGGUAGGCGGGACUUCUUCCUUGCUUACCUCGCUGUACCCGUCACUUUACUCCUGCUGCAGGUUACACUGAUGCCAGCGCAGUCCUACAAGACGGUAGGCGAGCUGGUCGAGGAAAUUGAGGCGCCUCUACACGUUGCCGCAGACGCUGGGCCGUACGAUCAGGUCGACGAAGAGACGGCCCUGUUGCAGGAAGAGGAGCGGGAGCAGCGGGCCGAGGUGAUAGAAAGUGUCCAGAGUAUCCUCGGUGCCGCCAAUGUCGACAAACAGACACGGCGCGAGGAGGACAUCAACAAAUCGUCGGGUGUGUGGGGCGUGAUGCAUCGCUACUCGGCUUGGGAACAAAUCAAGUCCCCCUGGUUCAUCCUCAUCUGCUUAUUCACAGUUGUCCAAAUGACCCGCAUAAACUUCUUCGUUGCGACCAUACGGCGCCAAUACGAAAGCCUCUUCGCCUCGCAUCGCGACGCCAUUGCCCUCAACGACUUCUUCGACGUCGCACUGCCGGUAGGUGGCAUACUCGCCAUACCCUUCAUAGGCACCAUCCUCGACCACACCAGCACGCUCACGGUGCUGGUCAUCUUGGUCAGCUGUUCCACGACGAUCGGCGUGCUGGGCAUCAUCCCGCGCGCUAUAUGGGCCGGGUACGCCAACGUGAUCCUGUUCGUGCUCUUUCGCCCGUUUUACUACACGGCCGUUUCGGACUACAGCGCGAAGGUGUUCGGGUUCAAGACGUUUGGGACCGUCUACGGCACGAUUAUCUGCCUGUCGGGAAUACUAAACUUCUCACAGUCCGGGUUGGAUUACUUGUUUGAGAAGACGUUUGAGGGAGAUCCGAUGCCGGUGAACCUGCUGUUGUUGGGGUUGGGACUGGGGAUUGGCAUUGUACUUGUUGCGUUCGUCAGGGUCAAAGCGAGGAGCAUUAGAAGGAGCGUGCUUGAGCAGGAGGCGAGGGAUGCUUUUGGGGAGGGGGCGGCACUAGCGAGGUAAUCAGGGGGGCAUGCGUGCGUUGAGGAGCGAUGUUCGAAUUGUUGGAGAGGGACAACCACGUCUACAUAUGAUGAAGCGCUGGUUAAGCCAGCGCUAGCGGUCUUUUCGUCAAUAUACAUCCACCUGACAUCCAAA